AUCAAUUCAGGGCUCAUAAUGCUUAUUUCAACAAUAAACAAGACAAACAUGAAAGCUAUAAAAAAUGUGAUGAACUAUACAUGGCGUUGAAAAUCAAAAGCAACAAAGCACAACCAGACCCCACCGGAGUCACUAUAAGAAGGCAUGCAUCUUCAUCUCAUCCAAAGCCAUCCUCUGCACUUAAACCUUCAAUCAAACAAAUAAUGGCAGCAAGAUCAAAAACUAUCUCUCUGCUUGCAUUAUUUAUUGGCAUUCUCUGCCUAUAUUUCCCGGUGACAACAACAGCGGCAGUGGCAAAGUCAGGUGCAGCCGUCGAUCUCCUCUACUUGACUCUCGUGUGGCCGGGGACAUUCUGUUACUCAGGACAAUGCUGCAUGCCAACAACAGGGGAACCAGCUAACGAUUUCUUGAUUGAAGACCUGAAGACAUUGGACCAAACUGGGCAGAUCGUCCAGGACUGCAACUCAACAUGCAGAUUCUCUGUUAACAAGGACCCGAUGCCGUCUUUAAUCCCUGACCUCUACUCAAACUGGUGUAACUUGAGCUGCCCAUGCAAUAACGGCUUCGCUAACUGGAACAACACCUGGUGCGCGUACGGUCAAUGCUCACAACUCAACCAAACAGACUACUUCAUAGCUGCGUUCAAUAUGACUGCAAAAGCCAACUUGCUCAAUGCCUUUCAAGUUAACAACAUUGUACCCUCAGCUUCCACCAGCUACAAGCUCCGAGACAUCAAUACCGCUCUCAUGGCCAAUCCCGGAUUAUCGACCCAUAUUGAGUGCGUCACAGUAACAGAUGGGGCUUCAGAAAGGACGCUGCUCUCUAAGAUAAACAUCUGUAUCUCUGCAGAUGGCCUGAGUUUCAUCAACUGCCCUUUUGACAUCGAGAGUACAUGUAACCGUGAACUGUUCUUCUAUCCGUUCAACAUUAACCAGCUCAAUACUGAUUGUGACUACAAUUACGUCGGCUCUAGUGGCUUCAUCAAGAUGGCUAAUGAGAAACACCUUGCUAUGUGAUAAACUUGCUGCUCCAGCAGUCUGCUUCCAGUGAAAAUAUGGCUAAAUAAAUGUAAUCUAGUAUCCUUACUAAUCCAUGCUUGGACUGUAGCACGAACUGGAGUUGAAUGAGGAUGAAUGGCAAUAAAAAUCUUAAUCAGUUAUCUGUCAACAAAGAAACCGUGACUAUCUGCAAUUGAAUUAUAUAGAUGUCUUAAAUAACAAACAGAGCUACCCACCUUAAUUAGGAAUUAAAAUCAAUGAAAUGCUUACCU